UAUAUAACAAAUAAUUUGAGCAGUAAGUCCUCCACCUAUACCUUACCAUGGCUUCUGCCAGCACCGCUCCCCUCCCCAUUUUCUACAACAAUGAUGUCCACAACUUCUAUUUGAAGCAGAAGCAAGAAUUCCAUUUCACUCAAAAAAGUGAUAAUGAAUUUCUUAUGUUUCUACUAGACACCGCAGUCCGAGUCAUAUCAAUAGUUCAACAUUUAGCACCAGUGAUAGAGGCCGUGUCUGAUGCUGGGAUUGAAGUUGAUGAUAUCGAGGAUGAUGUGUCACCCAUACACACCCCCAACAACACUUCCAACAUCUCGGCAGGAGCCAUGGAUGUUGACUCAGUCGACCCAACCCCAUCAGCCUUAUCAGCAGAACUAGAACAGAUUAACCAGGAGAUAACUAACGCUCAGAUAUCUUCCCAACAACUCUCUCGACAACCCUCCGUAUUUACCCGACGACCUUUACCCUUACCCGCUCCAGCACCCAUCUCAAUUCCCGUAUCUGUUCCUGUAUCCGCCUCGACUUCAUCAGAAUCCGAACUCAUAAUGUUACCUAUCGCCCAAUCCACCGCUAUGUUAUCCGUCUCCCAGCCGACAGCUAUGUUGUCUCUCGCCCAACCCUCUGCUGUGCAUACCCCUUCAGCAAAUCGCUCAGACUCAAACCGCUCAGACUCUCUCGCCCCAAACGUGCCUUUAAUUCAGCUCCCCAGCUCGGCACAAUCUUCAGAAAACACUACGACCUCCCUUCCCUCCGCCUCUCAGCCCGUAGCUGAGCCCCCAGAUGAUUCCCUCGCCAACGUCAAAACCGAGCAACCAGUACCAGAAGUAAUCGAAAUAAAAGAGGAAGUGAACGACCUGACAGGGCCCGCUUCCGAAUCCUCCGAACUAAUAUCGCAAGACACUUUAGAUCAGCUCAUGUCGUCAAUAUCAGGGGCUGAAGACAAUGUAGGAUUACAGAACUUUGUACCCACUGCGACUCCCUCCGGUUUACCUCCCUCGUUCCUCGACCGUGGUGCCGGUAAUCCCUUAUCCAUGCUUGGUAGUCUCAACUCUGGUGAUGGGCCCGGUCCUUCUGGCAUUAAUGUUCCCAACAUAUCAGAGAGUAUGAUGAAGAACAUAAGUGACGCCGGCCUCAACGUAUCCAGCAUUAAAGGACAAGCCAACCCAAAUAUCGACAGUUGUAACUACUGUACCGGAGUACCUAUAAAGGUUGAACAAGUUGAAGUUGAAACUUCAGCUCAUGUCUUGAAACGGUCGGAGACCGCGGCCGCGGCACCACCACCUGAAAAGGACCUUGCUACGUCCAAGCGACAACGGCUCCCUACCGCCUCACAAACACCGCAAACGAAACAAGCCCUGUGAGACAAACGAAGUGUCUCACUUUUCAUGCAGCUUCUGUGAUGUAAACUUCCGGUCUCACGAACUGCUCCGGAGACACCUCAUGGACGAUAAAGCCCACGCUUCCAAAACCUCAGCUUCUUACGACCAGCUCUCUGUCUUUAGUUGCCAAGUGUGCCACAUUAGUUUUCUGUCCGAAGCUUGUCUCCGGGAACACAACGAGGCUAUUCACAGGGUUAAAAUUAAGCGAGUUUUUCAUUGCAGCGUUUGUCCCAGCUGGGGUGACCAAAAGGUCACGUUUCAAACCCUUCAAGGAUUGAGGAAACACACGAUGAGUCAGCAUUACAACAGUGCUACCCACGCUCACAUGUGCAAGUGUGGGAUCUGCUGCCUCAAGUUUGACUCUGUCCCCUCCCUGGAAGUGCAUCUGAAGAGCACGAGACACCAUGACUACUACGAGGGUGUGGGUCCCUACUCCUGCAACAUCUGCCCCGCGAAGAAGUGCGCUUCCUUCUCCUCCGCCUACCUGCUCAAACUGCACUUUAAACAAGCGCACAGUCUACAGUGGCACGCUGUACCGCCCCCGCAGAUACCGCCCACUGCCCAUACUGUAACCAUGGUAACUAGUAUCCCUGCUCCAGCCUGUUCAGUUAAGAAGGCACUUAAGAUUACCUGUAUAUUUUGUAAAGCUGAGUUUGGGUCCAGGGAACUGUUGAAAGAGCACGAGCGAACCCAUCUGCUCGGUCUACCCAAGGACUCUUGAAUUGCUGAAUCGAUGCUGUAUAGGAUAUCAUGUUACACGAUGUAAUUAGUUGUAGUUUCAGUUGCCAUUUAAUUACAAGCAAACUGUAAUUUCCUGUGAACCCCUUGAUUUUGUCACCAGAAAUAAAGGCCGCUGAAACCUACUCUAACAUCAAGACUAACCACCUCUCCAACCUUAUUAGUACACUGACUGAAUUUCAGACAGACUGAUCUGCGACACCUGCUCCAAAACUUACUCCUCCUCCUUCUCCCUAGCUCGACACACACGUACCGUGCACCAAGGUCAGCGUCCCCACGCCUGUCCGCUCUGCAAGCUGAGAUUCAGUGCUCUGAACAACCUGUCCCGCCAUUUGGAGGCCGUACAUUGGGGGACUAGGCACUUUGCGUGCUCCCUCUGUGAAAUGACGUUCAAGAGAAGAUACAGACUAGUAGAACACAUUGAUAGGGCCCAUACUCUCAGUCAUAAUUAACGGAUAAUUAUACUCGCAGUCAUAAUUAAAACGGAUAUUUUGAGGUUUUAAUGUUUGUUUUUAUGUGUUCGUUAAACGGUGUUGUUUAUAUUGAAUUCUUUGUCAGUCAUUUAAUUCAAAUCCUCGUUAUUUACUGUACUCACUUUCGCAAGAGAUUAGCUACUGAGAGGUGUCUAUAAUACAAACGAGCAUAAAUUUCUAUAAAUCUGUUGAAGUUAGACGUAGUUUAUUUUUAAUUUAUUACAUUCGAAUUUAAACAGAAAGUUGCAUUAAACGUAUGCCUACUGUCAUAACCCUGUCAAAUUACGAAUCAAAUAUAGUUUUGAAAAUGCCGCCGAUUAUUUCAGAAGCCGCACCAGGAGUCCCGAUGUGUAUGAUCUGUUUAAAAACGUUCUCCUGUAUUAGAAGCGUGAAGGAGCACAUAUCCUCCGUUCACAUGAAACGGCGGCCCUACACGUGCAAGUUCUGUCGCAAAACGUUCGGUACCCAAGCCUCCGUCAGCCGGCAUAAGAACCACCACUGCUCCAAGAAUUUGGAUAUCAAACGAACUCCGCGAUAAUCAGAUUGUCAUAUGCUCCUUUGGGAGUAGAUUAUUUUUAUGAUUUAAAUUUAGACGGCACUGAUUAAAAUCUUAAUAUCAUUUUGUGACUCUUAUUACAGAACCUUUCUCUUUUGUAAUAAUACCCCCGAUUGUAGUUCUAUAUCCCCGUCACCAUGACUUAGCGAAUAUUUCUUAACCUCUGAACUGUGAACUUCAUCUCAAUAAAAUAUUUAGAUCUCAGAUAUAACGGCCCACUGUUGAAUUUAAGUCACGAUUUAUGAUAGUCAGGGACCCGUUACAUUUGUCCGGACAAAUAACACAUAAUAAGAAAGGGAACCAUUAAAUUUGUGUUUCAGAGCUAGUUAAGCGAGCGUGUUGCAAGUUGUGUUUCCGUAUGUGAUAGUAGUGAAUAAAUUGAUGAUAUAAACGUUCUAAAGUGCUAAAAAUAUGGUAGAACUACAUAAUCUCUGGUCGAAAAAUAUCGUGUCAAUUAAUGUCAGUAUUCCAAAAUUUUGCAAAACUGACAUUGACAUUAAUUGACAUUAAUUGACGUUGCAUCACCCCCUUCAGAGCUAGUUAAGCGAGCGUGUUGUAAGUUGUGUGGGAGAUGGUUUGCGGGGCAGAACACAGUUAACAGGCACGUGCGCACAGUUCACAGUGGCGCGAGACCCUACACGUGCAAGAACUGCGGCAAAGCUUUCAAACGCAACGAUACACUGCACGGACAUUUGCCCAAAUGUUUAGGUCUAAGUGUCAAGUACAAUUUAGACAUGUGAACUGUCAGUGUGAGGAGGAUUAUUUUUAUUUGUAAUGAGCUUUUUUAUCAGUAAUAUGGACAUACUUCUCUAAAUUUGAAACGUUAAUAUUUCUAUCUUAAAUUUAUA